CCUCUGCAACUCAGACACCCUGGACUGGUCUGAGGAACUGAUCUGGAGGACCGCUGGACCCGAAUGUGGACCCUUAUCCUGUUUAUUCGCAGUUUUUGACCCAAUCAGAAGUGCGGUGAUUUCAUUUAAGUGCGGUGGGUUUCAUUUAUGGUUCAGUAGAAGUAUAGCCCCCCCACCCCUGUGCGCAAUGAGUGAGUGCGGCUGCAGCUGUGCGUCAUACCUGCGGAGGUGGCUGCUCAGGGUUCUGUUGUUCUUGGCUGCGGUGCUGCCGACGAGUGGAAGCUGCCCCAAAUCAUGCGCCUGCUCUGCUCCCACCGAAGUGCACUGCACCUUCAGAUACCUGACCGCAGUACCUGACCACAUCCAGCCGCCUGUGGAACGAAUUAACCUGGGGUACAACAGUAUAACUGUCUUGAGAGAAAAUGAUCUGUCAGGGCUUGAGAACUUAGAGCUAUUGAUGCUGCACAGCAACACCAUCCACACUAUUGAAGACAGAGCCUUCCGAGACCUAAAAUCCUUACAGGUCCUGAAGAUGUCGUACAAUAAAGUAAAGGAACUCAACAAAGACACCCUCAAAGGCCUGGAGAGUCUAUUAAGGCUCCACAUGGACCACAACCACCUUGAGUUCAUCAGUCCAGAGGCUUUCUAUGGUUUGACCAAUCUCCAGUUGGUUCAUCUGGAGGGAAACUACCUCCAGCAGGUUCACCCAGACACAUUCAUCACGCUGAGGCACAGCCAGCUGUUCAAGGUGUCCUCAGUGAGAAACAUCCACCUGUCAGACAACCUCCUCACCACCCUGCCCGCAGAUAUUUUCUCAGGCUGUAGCGGGUUAGAGAACGUGUUCCUCCAUGGCAACCCCUGGACAUGUGACUGCCGCAUGCAGUGGUUCCCCAAGUGGGUGCAGAGGAAUACAGGUGUACUGAAAUGCAAGUGGGACAGGAGAUAUCCAAGAGGCCACCUGUGUCCUGUUUGUGAAAAUCCAUCCCCCUAUCACGGCAGAUCCAUAUCCCUUCUCCCUAGUGAUGCCUUCAUUUGCUCCAAACCCUGGAUCCAUCCCCAUCUUAAGCAAAGAAAUAUCAGCCUGGAUGAGGGUGACUUCACACCAGUUUCCCCCAGAGACUUUAUUGCCCCAUUAGGCUCCAUACAAAUGAAUCUGACUGACCAUUUUCACAAUGACGGCAGCUUAACCUGUACUGUCCAGAGGCCCUCGGCGUUUGAGAAUCUGACUCUAACCAUGGAGGAGGAGGAGGGGAACAAUGUCACGAUACUGUCAUCUGCAGUAACUACUUAUUUGGUGUGUAACAUGGACUACGAGCACAUCCAACAGCUCUGGCGGAUCCUUGCCACUUACAGUGACUUUCCAAUGCAGCUAAAGAGAGGCUUAAUGCUGUCCAGAAGCCCAGAGAUGGCGUACAGGUACAGUCAGAUGAAACCCACAGAGGAAGAGGAUGGAAUUCACACCAACAUUGAAGCUGAGAUUAAAGCGUCUCCUGCAUGGUUGAUGCAAGGAGAGGUCAACUUCCAGCUGGACCGCACCACUACCACAUUCUCUACUCUACACAUUAAGUACCAGUCGGUGGUCAACCUCCGUGUGGAAAAUACAGCAACUAAAAGGGACCGUUAUUCUUGGACCAUGAUCAAGCGAGACAACAAAACCAAGACUGAGCACACUGUACUCACAGGUGGUGUGACACAGUUGAAUUGUGAAGUUGUGGGUGAGCCAAAACCUUUGAUGGAGUGGAUUUUACCAGAUGGAAGUAAAAUAAGAGCUCCGUACACCAGUGAUGACAGGAGGAUCGUCAUCACAGCUGAAGGGAAGCUCACUCUACGGGGUGCAGAUACCUCAGACGCAGGCAUCUACCGCUGCAUUGUAACUAACUAUCUGGAUGCAGAUAUUCUGGUAUUUCGAGUCACAGUUCUGUCUCCUGAUGUGGAAGAAACUGAGGUCAACGGUGUCCAACUAUCAAAGCCACUGGGUGAAAAACUAGUCCUUGAUUGUGGUUCAUCAGGUAGUCCAAAGGCUUCCGUUCAUUGGGUCCUACCUGACCACUCAGUGCUGGACACAUCUCAGGUCAACAAGAAAGUAUAUGAGAAUGGAACCCUAGUGGUUCAGGGUCUGACAGAGAGGGACAGAGGAUUUUAUCGGUGUUUGGUGGCGAAUUACCUGGGAGUUGACCUUCUAGUGUCGCAGGUGACAGUGACUGGAGAAAGGUCUCAGUUAGUAACAGUUCUAGGCAGUGAGGGAUCAGGUAUGGUUGACAUGGACCCCACUUUGACUGAGAACACAGUCACUCUCAGUGAGUUCCCCUCUUCCAGUCCAGCUGACAGAACAAGUCAGGAAUCCAAGACCAUCACUUCAGACCGACCUUACCCCAGACGCUGGCCACAGGGCAGAGGUAGACUGGGCCAAAGAAGGAGGGGUCCAAUCAGCACCAGACGCAUCUGGAGCAGCAGGGUCUUUGAUAAAGCAACUAGGAAAGUGGAUCCACAGAAAUUUGCUGAAUUUAUGGAAAAAGCUCAAAGUGGGUCAAAAACAAAGACUGACACAGAGAAGGAAAAGACAAAGUAUGAGGAAUCAAACACUGGUCUCUCUGGUGAUGGUGAAAUAGGAUCUGGUGAGAGCCUUGAAGAAGAUCAUCUUAUCAUACCAAGGAUACUCAAACCAAUAACAGACAACCCUCAAAAAAGUGACAACAGGCAUACUGAAUCCAAUUUAGAGAGACAGAAGAUAGUUGACUUGGAAAUGACAGUCAGAAAUAAUAUUGACCUCAGUCCAGCAAAAGAAAAGUCAAAUAAAAUAACAACAGAGUCAUAUAUGCAGCCAGAUCCAACACAGGUCAAGUACACAUUCACACACAGUCCAGAAGAUAUUAGAGAAAGUCAAAGUGAUGCAGUAACACCAUAUGACACAGGUUUACACAACACAGGCUUUUCUAGUUUUGAUGAGUCCACUGAGGUUUACACUUUGGAAAGAACUACAUAUUCUGCCGAAAAAGCACACCCAGUUACUCUCCAACUUACAGUGACAGACAAUUUACAAGAAACUCAGCUCCAAUUCUCAGGAGAGCAACCUGGAGAACCAGAGACGUCCACUGGCGCAGCUCUUGUAUUUACCACGGAUCCUCAUGUUACGCCAAUGAACGAUGGAACCGGCCCAGUGGAGUUAACAGUUCACACAUCCACAGACCCAGAGACCCAGACAACAUUCACAGCGGUCACCACAACAGAGAGGCAACAAGAUGAGAUCACCUUCCACACGACCCAAACAAUCAAAUCCCCACGUCUAUCGGCAGGAUCCACUAUAAUAUCGAGACAGCAAAUCCACAUAUUUCCAAACCAGAAUGGCAAAGGUGGGCGAAGAAGGACCUUCCAUGGACGCAGGAGAAUAAUCAAACCCAACAGGAUCACUGACAUACAGUCCUUCAUCAGUAAACUUAGACAGCCUUCAGUGAAGAAGGAGGGGAAUGCUACAGUGCCAUACAGAGUUGAAUUGACCACAGACUGUGCUAAAGAUGGCAUGAAGACAGUCUCCAGUGAUCUGCAGUUGAUCACACCAACAGCUUCUUCAAGGUCAACUUUACAGAGAACACAGCGGCCCACACUGGCACAAGAAACUGCAGCUUCUACCACUACCCGUUAUAUUACUAAAAAAGCACCUUCCACUCAUACAGAGUCCAAAAAAGUAGUUUCCAGAGAUGACGUAACUUCUGCUGACGACCCUGUGUUUGACCCUACAGUUGAUCCUUUUUUGACCACAAAUGAGGAAUCACUGGUCACCACAACAACCACUACUACAACUAAAGCCUCCAAGGUAAUUCGUGGAAGAAUUCCAUGGAACAGACUGUUUGGAGGCAGGCCAAGGGAAAAGAUAUUCGGGAGACUAAGAAAGCCUUAUAUCAACCCCAAAACCUCAACUACAGCUGAAGCAACAACUGUGACUUUAACUACAACCCCUGUUGCCAUGCCAACCACCACACCAAAUCCACUGACUGUACCAGAGACUCUGCCUCCCUCCAUUGUCAGAGAUACCAAGGAGAGCUCAGGAGAUGAUGACUAUGGAGAUUUGUUUUCCGCAAAUUUUGAGCUCACAACAAAGGAAUCAAGUUUUCAUUAUCAAAUAUCUACCACCCCUUCGUACUAUUCCAGUUACUCGACCACCGCUGAAACACCAACAGAAGCACAUACUUUGCCAUCACCUCCUACUGUCAAACCAACAACAAGGGAAAACCCAGAUGAUGUAAUAUCAGGGUCAGGAGGACUACCCAACAACUGGACUGUAACCAGAAAAAGACCUGAUGGGUCCAGAGUUUGGCCAGGACGAAGACGGAGGCCCUUUAGGGGACGAACACCCAAUAAGAAACCUACAAUCUCUAAGUUAAACCCUACUACCACGAUGGAACCAACUACAGAAAUCACCAUGAAAACAACAAUGGAGACAACGAUUCAACCUCAAUGGACUGUUUCUGUCUCCAAGCCUCUGUAUACACCAUCCAGGUCAGGAAACAAAGCCACAGUGACUGUUUCAUCAGAACAAGAAACAUAUAAUGAAGGUGACUGGAACAGGUUUUCGUCAGGUAGUGAACCAGCUUUUACUACCACCAAGACACCACUGAUCACCUCAACCAGGUUUCAACCCACCACCACACUCAUGCCAACUACCACAAAAGCUCCUACUAAAAUCUACAGCAACAUCACUCCACCAACACAGAGAAACAAUGGAUAUGCCACCCAUAGGCCACCAAUAAAGAGAAUAAGACCUACAAUGAGAAGCAAUAGUGCUAGAGACAAUGCAGAUAAAGCCUUUACCUCUGACACAAUGUCCAUCCUGACUGCUGAGCAAGGAUACGCCAACACACCUGUACAGUACCACAACAAGGACAUUCAUAAGGCCAUUUCUAGUGUCUAUCAGCAGGUCACAUCUGGCUAUGAGGCUACAAGUGCCAGUGUAACAGGUUUUGAGCCCACUUCAAAAGUGGUGACAAACAAACCCAAGAUAAUUGGGGGCAACGCUGCCAGCUUUACAGUGUUGUCCAACUCAGAUGCCUUCCUGCCAUGUGAAGCUGAUGGAAACCCUGAACCCACUAUCAGCUGGAAACGCUUCUCUUCAAGCACAGGAAACACAUUUACCAUUAAGGGCAAAAUGGGUAAAUUUGAGGUGAUGAGCAACGGCACAUUGCUUAUCCAGAAUGCCAACAUUAAGGAUCGUGGCCAGUAUCUCUGUCUAGCUGAAAAUGAUCAAGGAUCAGACAAACUUCUAGUCACCCUCUCUGUGGUGGCCUAUCCUUCACGCAUCCUUGAGCCUAAAAUGCGUGAUUUAAAGUCUCAUGCAGGAAAUACAGUGGAGAUGAAAUGUAAAGCCGACGGCCGACCCACUCCCAUGAUAUCUUGGAUUCUGGCCAACCGGACCCAAGUCAGAGGCCAAAACACAGAGGGAAGGGUAUCAGUGACUUCUGAUGGGACUCUGGUCAUCAAGCAGGUGUCUGUUUACGAUAGAGGCCUUUACAAGUGCAUUGCCAGUAAUCCAGCUGGUGCAGAUACUGCCACAGUUAGACUCCAGGUGGUGGCAGCUCCACCAGGAAUUGUGGAGGCAAAACGGCAGCUGCUGAAAGUUUCUGUAAGCCAAAGUCUGUGGCUGCCCUGCACUGGCCACGGAAACCCACAGCCCAUUAUUCACUGGGUUCUCUAUGAUGGUGCAGUCAUCAGAUCCAACAGACCCACUAGAGAUGCAAGAAUAUCAAUGUAUCAGAAUGGGACACUGCUCAUUAGGGAUGUGACUCCAUCAGACAGUGGGAAAUAUGAAUGUAUUGCUACCAGCUCUACUGGCUCAGAGCGAAGGGUGGUGACUCUGACAGUGGAGAGGCAUGAGUCAGUGCCUCAAAUACUGGAGGGAUCCCAGCAGCUGACAGAGUUGUUCUUUGGGAAUCAACUGAGACUGGACUGUACAGCCAGAGGUGACCCAAAACCUAGAAUCAUUUGGAGGCUGCCUUCAAAAGCUGUGGUGGAUCAGUGGCACAGGAUGGGCAGCAGAAUCCAGGUGCUGGAAAAUGGUACACUAAUCAUCCACAGUGUGAGUGAUAAAGAUGCCGGAGACUAUCUCUGUGUGGCACGAAACAAGAUUGGCGAUGACCUCCAACUGUUGAGAGUCAGUGUCACAAUGAAGCCAGCUAAGAUAGAGCCUAAGGUUUAUGUUAAGAAACAGGUGGCCUAUGGUAAAGACUUGAAGGUGGACUGUAAAGCCUCUGGUGCACCAAAGCCAGAGAUCUCCUGGGGUCUCCCAGAUGGUACGAUGGUCAACAGUGAUCUGCAGUCUGAUGGCAGCAGUGGAGGAGGACGAGCACGGCGAUACACUCUGUUUGACAAUGGAACACUUUACCUAAACCAGGUCGGCAUGUCAGAGGAAGGGGAUUACACCUGCUAUGCUGAGAACCAGGUGGGCAAGGAUGAAAUGCAUGUACAUAUCACUGUGGUGACCGCUGCUCCCAGGAUACGCCCACCAAUGCAGACCUAUGCCAAAGUGAAGCCUGGAGGAAACAUUCGCUUUGACUGUGAAGCAGCAGGAGAACCCAAACCCAAGAUCCUCUGGAUGCUUCCCACCAACGACGUGAUUGCAGCUUCUAAUGAACGCUAUUUAAUGCAUGUCAAUGGUUCUCUCGAUAUCAGGGAUGUGAAGCUGAUCGAUGCAGGGCAAUAUGUUUGCAUGGCUCGCAACCCUGCUGGAGAAAACAGAAAGGUUUAUCAGGUUGACAUAGAUGGAAAUCCACCAGUAAUCAAUGGUUACCACCAGAACAGAACUGUAAUCAGAGAUGUGGCUUCUAAAUACUCCAGAAAAUUUAUAGACUGCAAGGCUGAGGGUGAUCCCACUCCCACAGUUACUUGGAUUAUGCCUGAUAACAUCUUUCUGUCAGCGCCAUACUAUGGUAGUAGGAUUAAUGUUCACCACAAUGGGACACUAGAGAUCCGUAAUGUCCGACCUACUGAUACAGCAGAGUUCAUCUGCAUGGCGAGGAAUGAUGGCGGCGAGGCAGUGAUGGUGGUUCAGCUUGAGGUGACAAGUAUGGUUCGGAGGCCAAUCUUCAAGAACCCCUUUAAUGAGCGUGUUGUGUCUCGGGUUGGGAAAACCGUUGUUUUGAAUUGCUCUGCUGACGGGCAUCCAGCACCUGAGAUCAUCUGGACCCUGCCUAAUGGAACACGGUUUAAUGGUGGACCUGACCGUGGUUCACAACACCAUCUGAGCAAGGAUGGAACAUUAGUCAUCUACAAUCCUCGCAAAGAGGAUGCUGGGAAAUACCGAUGUGGUGCCAAGAAUUACAUGGGUUACAUAGAAAAGCUGAUUGUGUUGGAGGUUGGACAGAAGCCGUACAUCCUGACAAGGCCUAGGGGCAUCAUUCGUAGUGUGUCUGGGGAGCCUCUCUUCCUCCACUGUCUAUCUGAUGGGAACCCCAGACCAGUGAUCUACUGGACCAUUCCUGGGGGCCACACUCUUACUCGGCCUCAAGUCUUCCAACGCUAUCAGUUACUAGAGAAUGGUACUCUGAUUGUCCGGGACACCACUAUUCAUGACAGAGGAAACUAUAUUUGUCGAGCACGGAAUGAUGCUGGCGAGGCUGUGCUGACUGUUGCAGUUAUGAUCAUUGCCUACCCUCCACGAAUCACAACAGGACCACCUCCUGCUGUCAGGGCCAUAGCUGGCACACCGAUCCAAUUGAACUGUGCUGCCACUGGCAUCCCUAAGCCAGAGAUCACAUGGGAGCUGCCUGAUCAUUCAGUUCUGUCAGCAGCAGAAAAGGGCCGGCCUCUAGGCAGUGAACUGCUCCAUCCUCAGGGCACACUUAUCAUCCAGAGGCCCACAGUCUCAGACUCUGGCACAUAUAAAUGUCUGGCCAAAAACCACCUGGGAACAGACUCAAAAGUCACAUAUGUGCGUGUGCUCUGAGACAGAGCCAUGACUGUAAGAGGACAAUGGUAAAUCAGAAUACAUUCUGUUGGUAAAUACACAUUAAGUUGUGUAUUUUCUCUCACAUGUUGAUCCCUCAGGAGGGUCUCUGCUUGUGGAAUUUUAUUUAAAAAGUGACAGAGAUCAAUUGAAAAAUAAACAGAGCACAAGAAGAGAAAGGUAACAGACAUUUUUAAGGGGGAAAUGUGCUUUUUUUCUUUUUUCCAGAGAAAAAACCCAGCCUGGGGCUAGAAGGUUGUUAUUGUAACUUUGGAAUCAGGGGUCUGGAAAUUCAUAGGUGGUUCUCAUUUGGGGAGGGGCACUCCAGGGAGCAAAGAGCUACUGCUUAUGUUUGAGCUUAAAGUGAAUUCACUGACCAGGCACUACUGGCUGCAAGUAGAGACCAUCAGAGCCUAUACAGAGAGGAACAUAAAAUUGUGUAACAGAUUGAAGGAAAUAAAAUGCUCCCGGUGGGGUUUCAAUUCCCUUUAGACAAUGGCCAAAAGUUGAUGCUGUCUUUACGCUUUGCUCUGUUCUUCAUCAAUACAUAAAAUGUCUUCAGAGGGAAAGAAAAAUAAGUUUAUUCAAACAUGGAAAAAUAAAUGUACACUGGAUACAUAUCUGCAUAGACGAUGCUUUUAUAAAACAAUGAAUGUUUUUGUUUGUUACAUUUCUUGUUAUACUAUCACUAUCAAUCCAUUGUGUUGUACACAAGAAUUUAUAGUAAUGUUAUACAUUAUGCUAAUCUGUAAUAAUACAGUUUAUGUUUAUCUUUUUGUAGCAUCUACUUUAUUGAAGUAUGUGAGAAAAUGUACACAGGAUUCAUGUCUUUGCAGUUUUACUUUUUGUUUUAAAUGCAACCCAAUGUUUUAAAUGAAACAGCAUCUGUCA